CUUCUGCUAACUCCUCCCCGUCAUCUGUACCGUUUAAGGGUCUGCAGUACAGCUAACCGAGAUAAAAAACACAGAUAAUUUAGAGUUGAAGUAAUGGAUAAAAAUAUACCUCGAUACAAUGUUCAACUGUAUAUUUACGACCUGUCAAGAGGAAUGGCUCGCAGCCUUAGUCCUAUCAUGUUGGGUAAACAGCUGGACGGUAUAUGGCACACAGCUAUAGUGGCAUAUGGUGAUGAGUUCUUCUUUGGAGGGGAGGGCAUCUCCAGCUGUUCACCGGGAGGGACGAUGCUGGGGCCUCCGGACACGGUGGUGGAGCUGGGCGAGACCGAAGUGACAGAGGAGAUCUUUAUGGACUACCUCUCCUCUCUCGGAGAAACAACGUACAGAGGCGACAGGUAUCGUCUGUUUGAGCACAACUGCAACACGUUCACCAACGAGGUGGCCCAGUUCCUGACAGGCAGGACCAUCCCGUCGUACAUCACAGACCUGCCGUCAGAGGUCCUCUCCACACCGUUCGGCCAAAUCCUUCGACCAAUCCUCGACUCCAUUCACAUCGCCCCGCCCGGAGGCAACGUCAUCAACGGUGGAAGAAACAUCUAACCGCCUGACGGAGCUGCCCGGUGUUCUGCAGGUCUCUUUCAAUGUUGCUGAUCUCUUUUAAUUCUUUGUUUCCUGUCUUUGUUUCUCAUUCUUUCUGCAUAAUAAGUGACCACCGACUUCAGAGGGCAAUAUUUUUCACAUCCGAGAUUUUACAGCGUACCGGUGAUUUGACAGUAGAGGCAACGCGUCUUGUUUUUGGUCUUUGUGCGAUUUGUGAAAUUGAAACAGACAAAAACACAGCAUUUAAUCAAUGCUAUUCAAUUUUCACAUAAAACCGGCUUGGUUUGGAUAACCUUUUUUUUUCCCCUUAAUAAAUACAAUUUUCAUUUGGAAACUGUAUUUUUUUAAAAUCCGCCUAAGUUGUCAUUGUCUGAUAUGAAAAUGAGAAAAAAUUAGAAUGUACAGUAUAUUUAAUCAGUUAAUGUAGGAAACAGAUUCGGAUAUUUACUCAGAAAAAAAAGAAGAAUAACAUAAUAAAGUCUUCACGUUUCUCUGAAACAAAUUUUCCAUUGAAAAUUAAGUGUUAAAUUACACUUGACUAUGUUCUUCAUCGCUGGAUUUUAUUCUUUAAAUGUAUUUAUAAUAUUUGGUAAAGUCAUUAUGACUUUAAGUCGGUCACCUUUCUAUAUUUGCACCUUGUUCAUGUUUGUUAGCCUUUAGUUUAUGUCCAAUCAAAAUUCUUUUUGUAUGUCUGUAAUCUCUUUUGAUUUAUAUUUUCAUUUUGUUGACGCACAAUAGGUUGUUGAGGAAUAAUAACAACAGCUGACCUAAACAUUUUCCUCUAUAUGAAUGACUCCAUAUUUUUCAAUUUUUUUGUGUUCAGUACAUUAUAAGAGUUUUCUUUAAAAUGGCCUCCUGCUCUCUCAACAAUAACCUGCUUGAGUCACCAGAGUGUGUCUGAACUCCAGCACACCUCUGUGCCUUCAUCCCCCUCUGCCUAACUACAGUCUAGACUCUCAGACUCCAUGAGGCUGUUUAAAGUUGACAUAGUACUUGUAUAACAAAUAGGAUAUAAUAAUAUGAAUUACACAUCUAGUUCACAAAGCAACACCCUCUACAAUCUUAUUGUAUAACACGAUAACACACGGGAUGAACACAGUGCCCGUCCACACAUUUAUCGCCACCCCGGGUAAAAUGACAGGAAGUAAAUGAAUCUUUUAUUGAGGCAGAAAUAUUCCCAAACUCAAAAGAAUGUGAGAAAUCGAUUGGGAAUUGGGAGUUUUUAGCAAAAACCCAUUAGCCACUCUUGACCCCUAUGUUUGAAGAACCCUUUUUGGGUAAUUGGACAGAGUUCCAUCCUAUCCUCUUUGCCCCACAAUUUAGUUUUUUAUUUGUAUUUUAUAGGAUUUACGUCUCAGGACUGAGAUGGCCUUGGAAGAAAGAUGGUUUUGUUUCCCAUCAACCUUUUCUGUGGCCAAAUUCUCUUCAUCAUCAUUCUGCACAACUAUCCAAUGUUAGCUCAAUUUCAGUUUUCUGCCAAAAAAAAGUCACCAGGUUUUCAAUUCAAAUCUUCUGAUAUUUCAGAUUGUCCAAUAGUCCAACCCAUUGCACCACAGUGGGCAUGUAGUGCCUAUCCAAAUAUUCAUCCACCAGGAGUUUUUGUCUUCACCAUUUAGUUAAUCUUUAAUCACAAUCCCAUCUGAACUAAAUUCGCCACAGCGUCGUGCAAACUCCACAUCUUUACGUUUGUAAAGGUUGGAAGCCAUUUUCCUGGGAUGCCUCCAAGGCGACUGAUUGGCAUGUAGAUCACAACUUAUGGUUGCUAAGGAAACGUGGCAACAGCCUUCUUUCAACUCCCUUACCAUAUUUCUCACUGAGAGUCUUCGUCCGGUUGUUUUUACCUUUUUAAUUGUUGCUUUAGCAGAGAAAACCUAAACUCUGUUAUUUACAAACUUUUCAAGAUCUGCCUUUCUUAAACCUGCUCUCUUUGCCUUUCCCAUUUUGAAGAGAAUUUGGCCUUUGUCAUGUUGUGGUAGUUAAAGUUCCUGAUUUACAAAUAGCUAAGGGAUAUUUCUAAAUGUUCUACACUGAAUAAAUGUACUAAAACUAAAGGGCACAUUUCCAGUGUAAAAUUAUUCUGCUGCGAUUAAAGAUGAAUCCGUUUCUAGUCUUUUUAAAUAUCCUUAGCAGGGGUGCCAACUAGUGCGGGAGGGGCGUUGUACACUCAUUAGACGGCAGGCUUUAGGGUCUUUUCAGAACCUUUUUCUGCAUGAACACAAACAACGAGCACAGCAUCGAGAAGCAAGAAUCUCAGAGGGUCUAAACCAGUAUUAAGCUUCAUGUUCUCGUGCAAUAAACAAACCUUCCACUCUCGCUGUCCCAGCAGCCACUGGGGUCGGCCCUUCUAGUCUUGCUCUCCUGCAUCAGGAUGCAAAUGGUCCAGGAGAACUUGAGAAUUCCCCACCUUCUCUCCAGCUUACUGACACACCAACCCGACCGCUGAAAUGUAUCACUGAACAAGUCGCCCUUUAUCCCGCCGGUGUACGUUGUUGCUUGCUGCUAUCCGUCCUGUGAAAUUGCAGAUUGCACCAGAUAUUUAUAGGUAUUGUUUACCAAUUUAUUUAAGAAAAAACAGUGUUAUAUAUUUCUGCACUUUGUAUUGUUUGUGUAAUGUGGUUUUGGUUUUCCUUGGUAUUUCUUUGUAACUCUAUUUAUGAGUUAAGGUCGUUGAAACUCCUUUUGUGGCGUUUCUUGUCAAAGGCAGCGAUUCUCAGUAGGUUUUAAACGCCGAUUCACAAGUACUUUGAUGAAUUAAGAUAAUCCAUCAAAUGAAAGGAUGCAUAUUUUCUUGUGUGUGUGUUUACCAAUAAACAUUUUACAUCA